AUGGCCGAAAGCCUGGAUACCGAACAAAUCAAAGAUUGGCGAUCGAUAAUCACUCUAAUUAUUUUUGUUCUCACUAAUAUCGUGGUACUUUUUCCUUUCCACAUCCCGUUCUACAUUCCCCGAUGGCUUCAUAACGCAGUCCUGGAUGGAUUGGCGGCUCUUCGAAUCAUACGUCGUCGCGAAAUCCCCCAGAAUCAUGACAAGCCGACUCUGCUCGUGCGACUCAACCUGCCUCUGAACUUUAUCACCGCGCCGUUAAUAGCGGACUUGUUUCUACUCGCAAUUUUGGCUAUUGGGCGACAGGAAGUGCAUGAUGGAACUGUCGGCGCAGAUGGGAUCUCACCUAUCGACAUUUUAGUCUUCUUUCUUACGUUGGCUUAUAUCGCUAUUUCGAUCGACGCCUCUGGCCUUAUCCGAUAUCUGGCUUUCAAGGUACUCCAAAAAGGUGACGGGGUGGGCCAUCGACUUUUCUUCUAUCUCUACACAUUCUUUUUCGCACUGGGGAGCUUUAUCGGAAAUGACCCUAUCAUUUUGUCAGGCACGGCCUUCCUCGCUUACAUGACACGCGUGUCUAGCAAUAUCGUUCAUCCAAGAGCUUGGAUACACAGCCAAUUCGCCAUCGCUAAUAUCGCAUCUGCGAUCCUGGUGUCCUCCAACCCGACAAAUUUGGUUCUGGCGGGCGCCUUCAACAUCAAAUUCCUUGUGUACACAGUGAACAUGAUCGUACCGGUAGUGGUGACUGCUAUCGUGGUCUUCCCAUUCCUGCUUUAUAUCAUUUUCGCCGAUGAAUCUUUGAUUCCGGUAACCAUUGAAAUGCAUGAGCUACCGGAGGAAGCCAGGGGCAAACCCCCCAGUGCCGAAGAAGAAGAGGAAGAGGAGGCGAAUGAAGGAAAUGGAACGCUUCUCUCUUUGGAGGAAAUCAUGAACCCUUUUUUGGACAAGGGAGGUGCGGCUUUCGGCGCCGUCAUCAUGGCUGCGACCCUCAUCACUCUCCUUGCUAUCAAUGCCGCUAGCAAUUCCGGCCAUGACCGCCCGGUCUUUUGGGUUACACUACCUGCCGCUUUUGUGAUGUUCUGUUGGGAUCUUGGGACUGGUUGGAUUCAUCGACAUGAGACGCGCCGGAUUGCCGCUGUGGGCCGACAGCAACACGAAGCCGUCAAGGCCGAGCGUGAACAUCGGAAGUCGCUUCGAAAUUCCCCAGAACAAAAUGCCCAGGAGAGCACUGAAGAACGGCAGCCUAUAGCAACCGACUUCUUCUCGAAGAGUUUGAAGAUCACCACCCCAAGUGAUGCUAUAAAACUCAGCAUCGACACAAAAGCUUCGCAUGACUGCCACGAAACAUCCCUUCCAGCACCGAUUUUAGGUGAAAAGGAGCCGUUCCCUGAAGUACAAUCUCCAAGUUCAGUCUCAAAGACUAGUGGAGAACUGAAUGACGCGACUCGAUCAGAAAAGAAUAAAACACAUAGUAUUAUCAAUGGUAUAGACUCCGAAAAGCGUGCCGGCAGAUUCCAAGAGGAGCCAAACCAACCAACCACCCUAGUGUCGCUUUGUGAAAAUGCCUAUGUCUGGCUACAGGAGACAUUUCCAACCGUCACAGUCGUGCUCUCACAUCUUCCUUUUCCACUGGUUCCUUUCGCCUUCGCCAUGUUUGUACUCGUACAAGCUUUGGUUACGAAAGGAUGGGUUCCUGUAUUUGCCUAUGGAUGGGACCAUUGGGUUGAGAAGACCGGAACAGUCGGUGCUGUUGGUGGUAUGGGCUUUUUAUCUGCGAUCCUUUGCAAUUUUGCCGGGACAAAUAUUGGCACGACAAUUCUCCUCUCUCGGGUCGUUCAAGCCUGGAAAGAAAUCCACAUUGUCAGCGGUAUUCCGAUCAGUGACCGCACCUUCUGGGCUACGGUUUAUAGCAUGGCACUUGGUGUGAACUUUGGCGCGUUCAGCACGGCUUUCAGUGCGUCGUUAGCUGGUCUUUUGUGGCGCGAUAUUCUCGCAAGAAAAUACAUUCGUGUGGGUAGCAUCGAGUUUGCGCGCGUCAACCUUCCUAUCAUCGCGAUCGCAAUGGCGGUUGGAUGUACCGUUUUGAUCGGGGAGGUUUACAUAAUGAGAAAAGAAACACCAUAUGAUGCUUGA